AUGUCGCCUCUUGCACCGCUCCUGCCUCUGCCGCUGCUGCUGCUGUUGCUUGGGCGGCCGCUACUCGGGGCGCCAGGGCAGGGCGCGGGCACCUGGUCCCGCUUCGCCCGGCUGCCGUACCCGCAGGACCAGCUCUUCCUUCACGAUACCUUCCCCGACGGCUUCCUCUGGGGAGCGGGCAGCGCCGCCUACCAGACGGAGGGCGGCUGGCACCAGGACGGCAAAGGCGCCUCCGUCUGGGACACCUUCGCCCACCGCCCGGCCACGCCACCGGGGUCCGCCCCGCCGGGGCCGGCGGGUGGCGACGUGGCCAGCGACAGCUACAACAACAUCUUCCGCGACGUCGAGGGGCUGCAGCGCCUGGGGGUCUCCCACUACCGCUUCUCAUUGUCCUGGUCGCGGCUGCUGCCUAACGGCACGGUGCCCCUCAACCCUGCCGGGCUGGCCCACUACCACCGGCUUCUGCGCCACCUGCGAGAGCUGGGCAUUGAGCCCGUUGUUACCCUCUACCACUGGGACCUUCCACAGAGCCUGCAGGACACCUUUGGUGGCUGGGCCAGCCCUGUCCUGCCCCAGCUCUUCCAUGACUAUGCUGAGCUCUGCUUCCGCCAUUUUGGGGGGCAGGUGCGCUACUGGUUGACCAUGGACAACCCCUACGUGGUGGCUUGGCAUGGCUACAGCACGGGGCGGCUGCCACCCAGCGUGCAGGGAGGCCCACACCUUGGAUACCGGGCAGCCCACCACCUGCUCCAGGCCCAUGCUAAAGUCUGGCAUCUCUACAAUGACCAUUUCCGUCCAACUCAAAGGGGGAAAGUGUCCAUUGCCCUUAGUUCCCACUGGAUAAAACCUCAACAUAUGACUGAAAAAAACAUAAAAGAAUGUCAAAAAUCCCUUGAUUUUGUGCUUGGCUGGUUCGCUAAGCCCAUAUUUAUUGAUGGUGACUAUCCAGAAAGCAUGAGGAGCAAUCUUUCUUCUCUGUUGCCUGAAUUCAGUGAAGUUGAGAAGAAGUAUAUCAAGGGAACAGCAGACUUUUUUGCUCUUUCAUUUGGAGCUACUCUGAGUUUCCAGCUCUUGGACUCCCGCAUGAAAUUCCAGCAGUUGGAAUCAAUAAGCCUAAGGCAGCUCCUUUACUGGAUAAGCAGUGAAUAUAAUAACCCCCAAAUAUUCAUUGUGGAGAACAGCUGGUUUGUUUCUGGUAGCACCAAGAGAGAUGAUGCCAAAUAUAUUUAUUAUCUCAAAAAGUUCAUUAUGGAAACUUUAAAAGCCAUCAGGUACGACGGAGUUAAUGUGUUUGGCUACACAGUCUGGUCCCUGCUGGAUGGCUUCGAAUGGCACAGGGGGUACAGCAUUCGACGUGGAUUGUUUUAUGUUGAUUUUCAAAGCCAUGACAAGAAGCUGAUGCCCAAAGCUUCUGUUUUGUUCUAUCAAAAGCUGAUAGAAAAAAAUGGCUUCCCACCAUUGCCUGAAAACCAGCCCAUAGAAGGUAAUUUUCCCUGUGGCUUUGCUUGGGGAAUUGUUGACAACUACAUUCAGGUAGACACGACACCCACCCAGUUUCUUGACUCUAAUGUUUAUGUGUGGGAUGUUCACCAGACAAAGAAGCUUAUUAAAGUGGAUGGAGUUUACACCUCGAAGCGCAAGCAUCAGUGUGUUGACUUUGCUGCUAUCAGGCUUCAGGUCUCUCUUCUGCAAGAAAUGCAUGUUACACAUUUCCAUUUUUCACUGAAAUGGUCUUUAAUCCUUCCUUUAGGUAACCUGUCUGUCAUCAACCACACACUCAUGCAUUAUUAUCAGUGUUUUGCUAGUGAACUUCUUAGAGUAAACAUAACUCCCGUUGUUGCUUUAUGGCAGCCUAUGGCUGAGAAUCAAGAGCUUCCAGUUCCCCUUGCUAAGUAUGGAGCUUGGGAAAACCCAGAAACUGUUGAGGCUUUUGUUGAGUAUGCCAAAUUCUGCUUUACAAGUCUUGGGGACCAUGUCAAAUUUUGGAUCACAAUGAAUGAGCCGCCUGUGAAGAACUUGACAUACACAGCAGGGCACCACCUGCUGAAAGCCCAUGCAAAAGCAUGGCAUCUUUAUGACAAAGAAUUCAGGACAUCUCAGAAGGGUAAAAUAUCCAUAGCUCUGCAAGCUGACUGGGUAGAACCGGCUUGUCCCUUUUCCAGGAAUGACCAAGAAGUUGCUGACAGAAUUUUAGAGUUUGACAUUGGCUGGCUUGCAGAGCCCAUCUUUGGGACUGGUGACUACCCACAGGUGAUGAGAGCAUGGCUUCACCGAAGAAACAGCGUCGACUUGUAUAAUUUCCACUUGCCUUAUUUCUCAGAAGGUGAAAAGAAGUUAGUACAGGGCUCAUUUGAUUUUUUUGCCUUGAGUCACUACACUACUACCCUUGUGGGCUGGGAGAAAGAAGAUGCGCUGAAAUACGACCACUACCUUGAAGUUCAAAUGAUCAAUGACAUCACAUGGCUGCACUCACCCAGCAGAGCUGCAGUAGUGCCCUGGGGACUGCGUAAAUUGCUCAAGUGGGUUAAAUCAAAGUACGGUGACGUUCCGGUUUAUGUUCUGGCUAAUGGAAUUGACGACAACCAGAAUAUGGUGCAUGAUAAGCUCAGAGUGUAUUACAUACAGAAUUACGUCAAUGAAGCUUUAAAAGCUUACACCCUGGAUAACGUUAACCUGCAAGGAUAUUUUGUCUAUUCUUUUAAUGACAAGACUGCUCCUAAAUAUGGUCUGUACAGUUAUGUGGCAAAUCAAUAUGAACCAAAGCCUUCUAUGAAACAUUACAGAGAAAUAAUUGACAAUAAUGGUUUCCCUGAUCCUGAAGCUCCUGAGCUGCUGUGCCCAGAAGAGAUUGCCUCAUGUUCUGAGUGCCACUUCUUCCGAACCAGAAAAUCAUUGUUAGCCUUUAUCUCUUUCAUAUUUGUUGCUUUUAUUGUUACUAUAUUCUUCAUUAUGUACUACUCCAAGAGGGUAGAAAAAACGUAUAAGUAG